AUAGUUCGAAUUGUAUCAUCGAACUCAAGAGGUUAACAAAAAUCUGGGAUAUUGCAGGCUAUAAGGAUCAGUUGAUUGUUCAUAGAGGUAGUGACUUGUCCGAGCUGGACUGAGUGGUUUGAGUGAGAGAAUAUGUUUGCUAAACAAGCCGUUACGGAUGGUCGUCUAUUGUGCCUUAUAGGCAUGAAGAUUCCUGUUCAAAUCACGGCCUUGCGGCCAGCCUCCAUCAGGACCAUUCGAUAUGUGUCCUCCACCUCUGACAAUAGGAUGGCAGCUUUACAGACGAAAACGAUGAUGGAAAAAAGACAGACCACAUUUUCAGAUCGUAGUCAGCUCAAGUAUGCCAGAAGACUGGUUGUCAAAUUAGGGAGUGCAGUAAUUACACGAGAAGAUGAACACGGAUUAGCUUUAGGUCGUUUAGCCUCGAUUGUAGAACAAGUAGCAGAAUGUCAAAAUGAAGGACGUGAAUGCAUCAUGGUCACAAGUGGGGCGGUAGCUUUUGGAAAGCAGAAGUUGACCCAAGAAUUGCUAAUGUCUUUGUCGAUGAGAGAAACCCUGUCGCCGACAGAUCAUACGAGAGAGGAUGCACCAACUCUGGUUGAACCAAGAGCUGCCGCCGCUGUGGGUCAGUCAGGUCUCAUGUCUCUUUAUGAUGCCAUGUUCGCCCAAUACGGCGUCAAAAUAGCCCAAGUUUUAGUCACUAAACCGGAUUUUUAUAACGAAGAGACCAGAAGAAACUUAUUCAGUACCAUAUCCGAAUUGAUUAGCUUGAACAUUGUACCAAUCAUAAACACGAACGAUGCCGUAUCCCCUCCUCCGCAAAUAGACGAACCGAUUGGAGGAAAACCUGGAAAAAAAGGGAUAAGUCUUAAAGACAACGACAGUUUGGCUGCUAUGUUAGCAGCGGAAAUUCAGUCAGAUCUUCUGAUCCUUAUGUCUGACGUCGAUGGAAUUUACAAUAAACCGCCAUGGGAACAAGGAGCCAGAUUUUUGCACACUUUCACUUCUGACUUGAGAAACACCAUAGAGUUUGGACAAAAAUCUAAGGUUGGCACAGGAGGCAUGGACUCAAAGGUGAAUGCCGCAACUUGGGCACUGGACAGGGGUGUGUCGGUGGUUAUUUGUAAUGGUAUGCAAGAAAAAGCGAUUAAAACCAUUCUAUCUGGAAGAAAAGUGGGUACUUUCUUCACGGAAUCAUCAGCUGGAAGUUCUGUACCAACGGAAGUUGUUGCUGAAAACGCUCGUGCUGGAAGUAGGGUUCUACAAACAUUGACUCCGGAACAACGAGCUUCUUGCGUACAUACUUUGGCAGAUUUACUGAUUGACAAGCAGUCCGAAAUUCUGGAUGCAAACGCCAAAGACUUAGAAGAAGCUUCAAAAACUGGCCUUGCUAAACCUCUAUUGUCGAGACUUUCCCUCACCCCUGCUAAACUGAAAAAUCUGGCCAUUGGGUUGAAACAAAUAGCUGACUCUAGCCACAAUAAUGUGGGAAGGGUUUUGAGAAAAACAAAACUGGCACACGGCUUGGAAUUGAAACAAAUUACCGUUCCUAUUGGAGUAUUACUGGUAAUUUUCGAAUCUAGACCAGACUCGCUACCUCAGGUUGCUGCCUUGGCUAUUGCUUCUGGAAAUGGACUGUUGCUCAAAGGAGGAAAGGAGGCAGCCUACAGCAACAAGGCUUUGAUGGAACUCGUAAAAGAGGCAUUGAGAACAGUUGGAGCAGAAACUGCAAUUUCUUUGGUAUCAACAAGAGAAGAAAUUGGUGAUUUGCUGUCUAUGGAACAACAUAUAGAUCUCAUCAUUCCAAGAGGUUCUAGCGAUCUAGUCAGGAGUAUUCAAUCGCAAGCUCAACAUAUUCCUGUCCUUGGACAUGCUGAAGGCAUUUGCCAUGUGUACCUUGACAAAGAUGCAAGUCCAGAAAAGGCUCUUAAAAUUGUUAGGGAUGCUAAAUGUGAUUAUUCAGCAGCUUGUAAUGCUAUGGAGACUCUCCUGAUUCACGAAUCUCUCAUGGAAGGAUCUAUGUUUACCGAUAUUUGCAAUAUGCUGAAGAAGGAAGGUGUAAAAAUUUAUUCCGGACCGAAACUUAGUGAACUUCUUACUUUUGGCCCACCACAGUGUAAGACAAUGAAGCACGAGUAUGGUGCUUUAGAGUGUUGCAUUGAAGUGGUCAAAGACAUGGAUGAAGCUAUCGACCAUAUUCAUACCUACGGAAGUGGUCAUACUGAAGUAAUCGUCACAGAAAAUGAUGAUAAAGCAAGAGAGUUCCAGAAAAAAGUAGACAGUGCCUGCGUCUUCCAUAACGCCAGCUCCAGAUUUGCUGAUGGAUUCAGGUUUGGUCUUGGAGCGGAAGUUGGUAUAAGUACUGCCAGAAUUCAUGCUAGAGGGCCCGUUGGAGUCGAAGGUCUUUUAACAACGAAAUGGGUUUUGAAUGGAGAAGACCAUGCGGCUGCAGACUUCGCCGAAAAUGGUGGAAGGGUUUGGUUACAUGAACAUUUACCUGUUAAUUAGUUGCAUCUAUGAAUAACCUACUUGUAAUGAGUAGGUGAAUUUGUAAAUAUUUUGUAUAAAUGAUAUUCGGCAAAAAAUGUAGGAUUAAGAAUAGUAAAAUUAUGAAGCUUUUUGUUAA